CAGAACAGGACAUAAGGAGGCGAAGCGACCAGUAGUGUGGGAUGUGGCUGUCGACAGAAAUUUGGAGAGCUGGAUAGCAAUAAAAUACACCGCAAGAUGUCGCUUGCGAAUAUAAUUGUUCAGUAAUUAAAAGGUAGGAUUAUGGAGAAUGAUGAACUUCCGUCAGCGGAUGGGAUGGAUCGGCGUGGGGCUGUACCUGCUGGCUAGCGCGACCGCCUUCUACUACGUCUUCGAGAUCAGCCAGACCUACAACCGGCUGACCCUGGAGCACGUAGAGCGGGCAGCCGCGGAGCCUCCGGCGCCCGGGGACGCAGCGGCUUCAUCCUCCGCUUCCUCGCUCUCUUGGACGCACAGUUUGAAGACGCGUCUCCUCACCUUCCCUCUCUGGCUGUGGGGUGUCAUCUUCCUCGUCCCCUACCUCCAGGUGUUCCUUUUCCUCUACUCCUGCACCCGCGCUGACCCCAGGACCGUGGGCUACUGCAUCCUUCCCAUUUGCUUGGCGGUCCUUUGCAAUCGGCACCAGACCUUUGCCAAGGCCUCCAAUCAGAUAAGCAGACUGCAACUGAUUGACACUUGAAGGGGUACAAGUGGAGUUAGGGUGGGACUUGGAGAAACACAUGAGAAUUUGAAGAACAGAUGGUAUACUGGCAGAUUAAUUUUCAGAAUCUGCAGUCCAGAUUGUUCCACACAGUCAGCCAACUACUGAAACUUGAAGGGUAAUAACUGGGAGGCUUGUGCUGGUGAGUUUUACAUGGCCAGGUCUUUUUUUAGACACUUUACACAUUUCCUGAUUUAAUUCCUCAUACUGAGGAAAGCCUGGGCCAAAACAGCUUCAGAUUUUAAUUAUGGGCUAGGAGCCAGUAUUCCAAAGCGAAAUAACUGAG